AGAGAAACAUUUAAAAAAAAAAAAAAAAAAAAAAAGGGAAGGAAAAUUAGGGGCACAAAUAUUGGCACCAAAUCGGUUGUAUAUAUAGAAGCCAAAGGGUACCUUCAUCAGCAACCUGAAAGGGCUGAGAAGAGAAGCUCACAAAAACAAAAGCCGAAAACUAUCCAUCAUCGACAUCAAACUUACCUCAUUUCUCUCUCUCUCUCUCUCUCUCAUCACUCAUUCGAAGAAAAUGGCAGAUAAUGGUUCGCUCGACGACUUCCUCGCCUCUGCUGUCGAUGCCGCCAAAAAAGCUGGCGAGAUAAUUCGUAAAGGAUUCUAUCAGAUCAAACAUGUGGAGCAUAAAGGCCAGGUUGAUUUGGUCACUGAAACUGACAAGGAGUGUGAAGAUCUCAUAUUUAAUCAUCUUAAACAACUUUACCCCACACAUAAGUUUAUCGGGGAGGAAACUACUGCUGCUUAUGGUACUACAGAGCUGACUGAUGAACCGACUUGGAUAGUUGAUCCCCUUGAUGGAACCACCAAUUUUGUUCAUGGGUUCCCCUUUGUUUGUGUUUCAAUCGGUCUUACAAUUGGAAAAGUUCCCACAGUUGGUGUUGUUUACAAUCCAAUAAUUGAUGAGCUUUUUUCUGCCAUGCGUGGAAAAGGUGCUUUUCUGAACGGAAAUUCUAUUAAAGUAUCAUCGCAAUCUGAACUUGUGACGUCUCUGCUUGCAACUGAGGCUGGAACAAAACGUGAUAAGUUGACAGUAGAUGCUACUACAAACCGACUUAAUAGCCUACUUUUCAAGGUGAGAUCUCUUCGGAUGAGUGGCUCCUGUGCGUUGAACCUCUGUGGAAUUGCAUGUGGGAGGCUUGAUCUAUUUUAUGAACUCGGCUUUGGUGGUCCAUGGGAUGUAGCAGGCGGUGCAGUUAUUGUGAAAGAAGCCGGGGGACUUGUGUAUGAUCCAUCUGGUAAGGAAUUUGACAUCACAUCUCAACGAGUUGCGGCUUCAAACCCUCUGCUUAAGGAUGCAUUUGUUGAGGCCUUGAAGCAAUCUGAAUGAGACAGCUUCUUCCGUUAUAUGAAAACUGCAAAUUCCCAUUUGCUAAACACAUUCCAGUUUCGGUAGUACCUUGUUCUUGCUGAGAAAGCAUCUAGAAGUCGGUAGUCUGACACUAAAAGAAGAGUUGGUAGUUGUAAUUUGGUUCUUUCUUAUGGCCCUUGGUAAUGCCAAAAUUAUUUUUAGAAUGUACUCAGAUUCAUAUCACAUUAUUGGUAAUAAAGUUAUUGGUAAUAAAGUUUGCGUUGC